AUGAUUGUGUUUGUGGUCACAAGUCCAUCCGUUCCGAUUGGUCCUGGGUUUCCGAUGACGAUGAUACCAACAACUCGAAAGCGUCAGAUGUUGCAAACGACUGAUUAUAAAAAGCUGAAAGUUGGUGUUCUAACACGAAGAAAGUUCAAGUAUUUCAUAGAUGCAGUUUAUGAUGGUCAGAAAAAUGAGAUUGAUGCUAUCUUAGGUGAUCCAACGAUUCUUGCCAACAGAUCUCAUUUUGUUGACUUUACAGCGACUUACACUGACAUGGGCAUAGGAACACUUGCCAGAAUUAACCAUAAUGACAUGUGGAUCUUCAUGAAGCCACUUGAUGCGGAUCUAUGGCUAAUCACUGCUACUUUCGCUAUCCUCACUGGCUUCGUCGUUUGGGCAAUUGAGUCCAUGGAUCAAGGGUCCCAAAAAACGCCUUCUCUGCAUAUUGGAGCAACCUUUUGGUUCAUCCUGAUGACGUUAUUUUUUGCUCAAAGAGAGAAGCUGUCAAGUAAUCUGUCAAAAUUCGUGGUGUUUGUUUGGUUACUUGUCUUUGAGCUAGCAUCAAAUGGCGUAACAGUGGGGUUUCAUGGUGGCUCUUUUGUGGGAGGAAGGACUGUUAACAACUUGCAUUUUGAGGAUUAUAGGCAUAGACCAUACUAUUCGUAUGAAGAUUACGCCGAAGCGUUAUCGAAAGGUGGAAAGCAUGGUGGUGCUGAUGCUAUCAUUGAUGAAAUCCCUUACAUCAAGAUGUUUCUUGGCUUGUACUCAGCUGAUUAUGCAAUGAUUUCAUCUGAACCUACCACUUCUGGUUUGGGCUUUAUCUUUCAAAAGGGAUCACCUUUGGCAACAGAGAUGUCAACACAAAUUGCUAAAAUAAGAGAAGAUGGAACUCUGAGAAUUUUAGAAAAGAAGUGGUUUGAGAAACAGUCAUCAUCAUCCCAAGAUUCUCCAUCAAAGCCGAAAACCUUAAACUUAAGUAGGUUUCGAGGCUUGUUUCUUAUUAGUGGGAUGUCUUCAGCUUUAGCCCUCAUGAUGUCUGUGAUUUUCUUACUUCGUGCAAAACUAGAGGUGGCGGAUUCUAGACCGUUGCUUGAAGUUGAGAUGGAGUCUCGUUGUGAAGCAAAGAAGAUAAUAUUUGAGGAAGAACGUUUGAAGGCUAUGGAUGCUCAACAAAAGUCUAGAACUAAAUGGGCGCUUGAUGGUGAUGAGAAUUCCAAGUACUACCAUGGAAUUAUUAAGCUGAAUACGGCAAAUAACCGUAUACAUGGCGUGAGAUGUGAUGGGAAUUGUAUUUUUAAUCCGGUUCAAAUAAAAGAUAAUAUUGCCUCUUUUUUUGCAGACAAGUUUAGCGCUAAAGGAGGUGCAAGGCCGACUUUCAUUUGUCCAGAUGUUAAUAAACUUUCAGCUGAUGAUGUUUCUUGUCUGGAUGCCCCGUUUACCAUGGAAGAAAUCACAACUGCUGUCUUUGAAUGUGAUGGUGGCAAGGCGCCGGGUCCUGAUGGGUUUAACUUCACUUUUAUUAGAAAGUUCUGGUCGUUAUUGAAGCAGGAUUUUCUGAAUUUGUUUGUGGAGUUUCAUGCAAAUGGAUAUAUUAGAGAGGGUUGUUUUUUGGCUUUCAUUGCUUUAAUUCCAAAAGGUCGUGGUCAAGCGACUUUGGCGGAUUAUCGACCUAUUAGUCUUGUGGGAGUUGUAAAUAAGGUAUUAUCAAAAGUCCUUGUUCUACGAUUGAAACAAUUUAUGCCACGUCUUGUAUCGGAGAAGCAAACGGCGUUUCUUAGUGAUCGUAAUAUACUUGAUGGUCCUUUGAUUCUUAACGAAACAAUCGCAUGGUUGAAGAAGUCGAAGUUGAAAGGUUUCUUUUUGAAGGUGGAUAUUGAGAAAGCAUACGAUUCAUUGAGGUGGGAUUUUUUGGAGGACAUCUUGGCGCAAAUGAACUUCUCUCAAAAGUGGCGAGGUUGGGUUUUGUCCAUUGUCCGGAAUUCUAGAGCCUCUGUUUUGGUUAAUGGUUCUCCAACAUAUGAAUUUUCUUGUCAGAGGGGUCUACGGCAAGGGGACCCUUUGUCCCCUUUUUUAUAUAUUCUCGCUAUGGAGGGCCUCACUCGGAUCAUGAGACAGGCUUGUCUAUUGGGUGCGUUUCAUGGUAUUCGGGUGGGGGGUUCGGGACCAUUGCUCUCUCAUUUUAUUUAUGCGGAUGAUGUGGUGUUUUGUGGUGAGUGGUCGGAAACUAAUGCUUUGAAUUUGCGACGUCUAUUGCGUGGAUUCUAUUUGGUUUCGGGUUUGAAGAUUAGUUCCCAAAAGAGUUGUGUUUAUGGUGUAGGAGUCGAUGAUAAUGAAAUCGCUGAUUUGGCUUCGGUAAUACAUGUCUCCUCAGGUCGAUUUCCAUUUAUUCAUCUUGGGGUUCCAAUAGCGUCCAAUAUGAAUCUAGUAAGGAGUUGGGAUCCGGUUAUACAGAAAGUCCAAAAACGUUUAUCCACAUGGAAGUCUAAAUGUCUUUCAUAUGGGGGGCGUAUUACACUACUCAAGUCGGUUUUGAGCUCAAUCCCGCUUUACUAUUUUUCUCUUUUUCGAGCUCCUUUGCAGGUGGUCGAUAAUCUAGAGAAGCUACGGCGCAAUUUCUUUUGGGGUGGGACAAAUGAGGUUGAUAAAAUGAGUUGGUACGCAUGGGAUAAAGUUGUGGCUCCGACUAAGUAUGGUGGUAUUGGGUUGGGUUCCUUACGAGACGCAAGCUUAAGCUUACUAUCCAAGUGGUGGUGGCGCUUUAAAACAAACCAAGGUGCUCUUUGGCGGAAUGUCGUGUGGGCUAUUCAUGGGAAUGGAAGGGGUUGGAGUUGUUUACCGGUAAAGAAUUCGAUUGGAAGUGCUUGGAAACAGGUCGCUUCGGUUCCGCGCUUGUUGGAUAGGCAUCAACUUGGGUCGACCAAGUGUUUGAAAGGGACACUUAAAAGUGGGACUUCUAUUAUGUUUUGGCGCGAUUGGUGGAUUUCAGAUGAUAUUUUGCAGGUCAAAUUCCCUUUAUUGUUUUCCUUGGAGAAGAAUAAAAGUUGUGUAGUAGCGGAUCGAUUAGAAUCGGUUGCUCAGGUUCUGCACUAUUCUUGGGAGUGGAAAAGGAACAACUUUAAUAAUGAAGAGCAGCAAGAGUUUGAGGAGCUAUUAAUUUUAUUAGAUGGUGUUUUCAUACUUUCAGGUGAAGAUGUUUGGUCUUGGACAGUGGGCGGGUCACGAGAGUUUUCAGUCCGUAAUGUGAAGACUUGUAUCUUUGAAGCGGCAAAUGAAUUACCGGUGACAUCUUUUGAGUGGUGCAACUGGGUCCCAAAAAAGGUUGUUGUUGUGGCUUGGAGAGCGUUUCUUGAUCGGCUCCCAACUGCGGAUGCGUUAUUGCGGCGGCAUAUUCAGACGGCGUCUCAAGUAUGUACCAUUUGUGAGAUGAACGUGGAGUCGGUAGAUCACUUAUUCACCGGGUGCCCAGGUUUUAUGGAGGUUUGGCAGGUUAUUUUCGCUUGGUGUCAUGUGCCUUCUGUUUUUGCUUUUCAUGUUCGAGACUUACUACGUUUCCACUUGACGUCAUGGAACGGUGCUCGGGUUCGGAAGGCUUUUUAUGGGGUUAUUUUGACGACCUUCUGGAGUAUUUGGAAGGCGAGGAACGAUUUUAUUUUCAACCAAAAAGAGGUUUUGACACGAAGAAUAAUAGACGAGAUAAAAGUUAUGAGCUAUCUUUGGAUAACGAAUCGGGGUAGGAUGUCGGGUAUGUCGUGGGAUGCUUGGGGUAGAUUUGAUUCGAAUAGAAUGGGAUAG